AGUAAAGUGAAACUUAACCUCUCUGAACUCUCCUCUGCCAAGCAGAAACUUGCCAAGCUGAAACAGAUAGUUAAACACUUUGCACCACUGCAAGCGAGAAAUGAUGAAUAUUUCUGAUAAUAAAAGAGAUUGUUUUAUUCGGGGGUGAAAAAAAAAGUUCCUUGGUCAAACGUAGCAAGAUUUGGGAGUGAAACGUUUCAUGAUGUGGUGGGUCAGUUUGAUUCAACGAGCAGCCAAAUACUCGAUCACGAUUAUCUGGUGGAUUUUUCGGUUUAGCACGUGGCCUUUGUACAGAUUUUUCUCAUUUGCGGUCCGUAUUGGCAGUAUCGGGCCCUCUGGAAACACCGUUUCUGUGGGCCUCAUCAAUCAAGGAGCCACAUGUUUUCUGAACACAUUACUUCAAACAUGGUUCUUGACUCCAGAAGUUAAACAGUCCAUUUACAAGUUAAAUUCAAAUGUGGCAUUUGUACAUGAAUUACAAAGCUUGUUCAAUAAGUUGGAAAGCAAAGAAGAAAAGUACGUAAGGACGAAUGAGUUGACCAUGAGCUUGCAACUGAAUGUCUUUAAACAGCUUGAUAUUGAAGAAUUUUUUCGCAAUCUGAUUAACAAAUUGAAUGCUGAAGUGGGCCAAGGGGAUAACAUUCUGAAGCUUUAUCAGAUCACAAUGGUUCAAUCCAUGAAGUGUUCAGUAUGUGAAGAACCUGUUACGGAGGAUUGCUUCUUUUUGGACCUGCCAUUAUCCAUUUUGUCACCUGACUCUUCAUCAGAAAUAAAAAGUCUAGAAGAAUCGCUCAAAAUGUUUUUGGAAGCUGUUACCCUGGAUUAUGACAAUGCACCUUAUUGCGACACCUGUAAUAAAAAGACUAAAACAAAAACACGAUAUUAUUUUAAACAGUUACCUCAACUUCUCACAUUUCAACUAAAACGAUUUGGAAUUGCCAGCAACGGAAAGCAUUACCAGAAAAUUCAUCCUCAGAUUUCAAUUCCGUUGACUUUGCAAUUUAACAAAUCCAUGGAUAAUGCCAAUGAAUGGUGUUUCAAACCAACAACAGCCAAGAAGGAAACGUAUGAGCUGUUUGCAAUAUGGCACCACGUUGGGGAAUAUGAGAGUGGCCACUACUAUGCUGAAAUCAAAUGUGGAAAUUGUUGGUACAUCUUUAAUGAUAAAAAGAUUAAUAAGAAGAAGGAAAAUUCUUUCAGGUCAAAAACAGCCUACCUGAUUAUGUACAGAAGAGAAAGUAGUGAGAAUCAAGAUAACGAUUCUCAGAACUGUCCACUUAUUUCGGGAGCAGAUGCUGGUUACCGUUAACAGAACAGAACUCUUUGGAGAGCUAAAUAAAUACAUCUGACAAUUUUAUCCAAAACGUUGGAAGUAGUCAAGGUCCACAGAAGAAAAACUUCACAUUUCACCAGUCAUAAUCUGGAACACCUCAGUGAUUGUAUGUUGAGACUUUGAGUUGUAAUAUUGUGUGUGCCUUAUGUAUGGCCACUGAUGGAAUUGAGUGUACAUAUAGGUAGUUGUACCCACUUGUUAUCAUGUAACAUAUUUGCUAUAUUCAACCCACGUUAACUGCACUAAUAAUGUUCAUUAACUGUUCUGCAGGGUCCCAGUUCUUAAUAGAAAACUGAAGUAUUCCUGUGGUACAUUCAUAGUAAGACAGUUUAAGGCUACUUUCGAAGUAACAUUGAUUACAUGAAAAGUUUUUUUUUAAUUUUAUAAGGAACAAGUAACAGGUUAAGUUUUGAUUUAUUAUUUUCAUUAUUCCAUAAUUGAAUAGUACUUAUGUAUAUUUGUCACAUUGUGAUUCAGGUUACUCUACUUUUCCUGAUAUACCUGUAUAUUUUAAAACAGAACAUGAGAAUAGCUUUUGUGCUACACCAGCAACAAGAAACAACCAUGAAAUAAAUUUGUAACAGUGUCACUUAUGUGAAAAUUACAACAGACCUUCAGAUUGGUGUGUUUUGUUUUUAGUUUGCCUCUUAAUAAAAGCUGAAAUUAAAAUAA